AUGUGUACAUGUAUUUCAGAAAUUAAAGAAAAAGAAAUGAAAACGAAUGCUCUUAAAUUAUUUCGAACAGCUGUUACUGCUGCUGAUCCGUAUGAAUGUGUGAAGCAGCAUCUUAUUUUUCAUAAUAAUAAUCAGUUGAAUGAUGACAAUGCCGAAUUGCAUAUUGGAAACAAUCAUAUCACAUUUAAUCAUAAUCUGUAUGUUGCAGCAUUUGGAAAAGCAGCUAUAGCUAUGUGUCGAGCUGUGGAUGAACUUUGUCAUAAGCAUAUUAUUAAAGGUAUUGCUAGUGUUCCUGUUGGUGCUAUUGAACAAGCGAAAAGGAAAGAUUUGCAUGCAACUACACAUAUAGUAUACGUUGAUUUUAAUUGA